AUUCUAAACGGUCCGCCAGAACCCUCACACGCAUGCCGCUACUUCCUGGAUGGAAGAAUGGAACGCUUCCAGCGCUGCCCUUGCCUUUGCAACAUUCUCUCUACAAUCAAUCUAAGUGACCGCGCGAGUCACUGCUGAAAGGACGAACACAUACAAUCAGUAUUAUUCGAACACUUUCUCUUCAAGUUUACGAAAUUGAGUCGGACUCGUUUACUUUUCCUCUAGGAUUGACUUUUUCUCCGUGAAAAGAAAGCCUGUCUGCAUGUGGCGGACCAUCACAACUAUUUAUCUGCGGUCCGCAUCCAUAGAUAUUCUUCGAAACAUAUGCUGAUUUGUUUCAAUUGAAUUACCAUCAAACUAAACUCAAUUUGGGGUUGCAGCUGUGUUCAAAUCCUAUGUGGUUUACGUGUGUUUUCUGCAAUCAAGUUUAUGUAAUUUUGUAGACCUCAAACUUUGUCACCCGUUGCCUUCUGUUGCUCUCGAUGACUAUUCUGACAUGCGGCGAAUACUGGAAUCUAGCCACUGGUGGACCUUAUCCUUCAUGUUUUCAGCAUUGGCCAUGUUUACCCACUGCUAUCCUGCUCUACAGGGUGGCCAGUCGGGGCCAGUAGAAAAAGAGCAUCAUGGGAGCAAGGGGGGCAGGGUGAGGGAGAGGAGGGCGGCAGGAGGAGACUCCUACUGGGCUUAUUCAGGGACCCACGGGACUGGGGGCUGGGCCUCCUCCUACCCUGAGUGUGUGGAGAGGAACCAAUCACCAGUGGAUAUUUCAGAUGAGGAUGCCCAGGUCUCUCAGGAGUACCAGGAGCUGACCCUCAAUGGGUUCAACGCUGAGUCGUCCAACAAGACCUCCAUGAAGAACACAGGGAAGACAGUGGCUGUGCUGCUGAAGGAUGACUACUUUGUACGGGGGGCAGGACUGCCUGGACGCUUCAAGGCGGAGAAGAUUGAGUUCCAUUGGGGUCAGAGUAACGGAUCAGCAGGGUCAGAACACAGCAUCAACGACAGGAAGUUCCCUGUGGAGAUGCAGAUCUACCUGUACAAUUCUGAUGACUUUGACAGUCUCAGUGCGGCCAUCAAGGAGAAACGCAUGAUUGCUGCGCUGGCUGUGUUCUUUGAGGUGGGGCGGAGAGACAAUCCAUCUGUAGAGCCCAUCAUCCAGGGACUGAAACGGGUGGUACACCACGAGAAGGAGACAUUCCUGAGUCCAUUUAUCCUGAGGGAUCUGCUACCAUCAUCGUUGGGGAGUUACUACCGCUACACAGGCUCUCUCACCAGCCCGCCCUGCAGCAAGGUGGUCGAGUGGAUCGUCUUCUCCAGGCCCGUCUUACUCUCCCACUCACAGCUGGAGGCAUUCUACUCCAUCUUCACCACGGAGCAGCAGGACCAUGUAAAGUCAGUAGAGUACCUGAGAAACAACUACAGACCCCUUCAGGACCUGGACAACAGGGAGGUGUCGAAGUCCGCUGUUAAAGACGCCUGGCAGAGGGACCUGACUGACAGCCUGGGACUAGGUACAGAUGUCAUCACAGACGCAUCCAGAGUCUGCAGCAGUGCCCCAGUCAACAUGAAGAUCCAGCCACUGAACGGCACUGCCCUGUUGGUGAGCUGGCAGCGUCCGCUAGUGGUCUACCACCCGCCUAUCACCAGCUUCAUGGUCUCCUACAGCUGGAUGAAGAGUGACGUGGCCUACGAGAAGACUGGGGACCAGAACAUGAAGGCGGUGAUAACCCACGUGUCUCCAGACAUCCUGUAUCUGUUCAGAGUCCAGGCGGUGUGCCAGAGAGACCUACGCAGUGACUUCAGCCAGACACUGCUCUUCAGAGCUAACACCACCAGGAUAUUUGAGGGAACACGGAUAGUGAAGACUGGAAUGCCCACCGUCUCCCCAGCCUCCUCGGCGGACAUGGCUCCUAUCAGCUCCGGCUCCUCCACCUGGACCUCCUCUGGCCUCCCCUUCUCCUUUGUCUCCAUGGCUACGGGGGGCAUCGGCCCAUCCUCCAGCGGCAGUCAGGCCACGGUGGCAUCGGUGGUGACCAGCACACUGUUGGCCGGCCUGGGCUUCAGCGGAGGGGUCAUCUCUUCCCUGCCUGGCUCUCUCUGGCCCACCCAGGCCCCUGCAGCCAGCCCUGGGUCUAAUCCUGGCCCGGGUCCCAUCCCCAGCCGCCAACCUACCCAGUCCCAGGCCUCCACUGAGCUCCCUACAGCCCGUCAGGGUGGUUCUGACACGGACACCCCCACAGCGGAGGAGGAGGCAGGGGUGGACAGGGAGGCUGAGGGGGAGGAGGGAGAGGGAGAGAAGGAUGAAGGGGAAGACGACAGGAGGAAGAAGAAUAACAAGACCGUGCCUGAUGAGGUGGAGACAAAGAUGAACAGCACCGUGGUCAAAGUGCCCUCCUCCUAUGUCCCUACCCCCACAGCCAAAGAGAAAGGACAGGGGCAGGGAGAGCCUGUGGCUAACAGCACCACUGUGCCUCCCAGUGUAGGGGAGGACCAACUUUUCAGAGUGGACAGUAGCUCAGGGCCCACGGUGCAGCCAAAGAAGGACACAGCAGAGAGAGAGAUGCAGAUUCCCCAGAGCCCAACACGCUCCCCAAAGAAUGGUGGGGAGAAGAGCCUUUGGCCUUUCUCUGUCCACACGGACAGAACUAGUGUGUCCAACAUGACCCGCAGCUCUCACCCUGGGGGGGGCCGGAUGGAGUGGAUCGUCCCGCUGGUGGUGGUCUCAGCCCUCACCCUGCUCUGCCUCGUCAUGCUACUGGCUGUCCUGGUCUACUGGAGGAGGUUUUUCCAGACAGCUCACUUCUAUGUGGAGGACAGUAGUUCUCCCAGGGUGGUGGCCAAUGAGAACAUCCCUGUCAUCCCCAUCCCAGAUGACAUGGAUGCCAUCCCUGUCAGGCAGUUCAUCAAACACAUCAUGGAACUCUACUCCAACAACUUGCACGGGUUCUCUGAGGAGUUUGAGGAGGUUCAGCGUUGUACGGUGGACCUUAAGAUCACUGCAGAACAUUCCAAUCAUCCUGACAACAAGCACAAAAACAGAUACAUCAACAUCGUGGCCUACGAUCACAGUAGGGUGAAGUUACGACCCCUGGCUGGCAAGGAUGCUAAACACAGUGACUACAUGAACGCUAACUAUGUAGAUGGUUACAACCAUCCCAAGGCCUACAUCGCCGCCCAGGGUCCUCUCAAGUCCACGUUCGAGGACUUCUGGAGGAUGGUGUGGGAACAGAACACCGGUAUCAUCGUCAUGAUCACCAACCUGGUAGAGAAAGGAAGGAGAAAAUGUGACCAAUACUGGCCCACAGAGAGCAGCGAGGAGUAUGGCAACAUUGUGGUGACUCUGAAGAGUACUAAAGUUCACGCCUGUUACACACUGAGGCAAUUCCUCAUACGGAACACCAAAUUCAAAAAGGGUCAGAAGGGCAACCCGAAGGGGCGUCAAAACGAGCGGAUGGUGAUCCAGUAUCACUACACCCAGUGGCCUGACAUGGGCGUUCCGGAAUACACCCUACCUGUCCUCACCUUUAUAGGGCGCUCCUCUGCAGCACGCGCACCUGGCAUGGGCCCUGUCCUAGUGCACUGCAGUGCUGGAGUUGGGAGGACGGGUACGUACAUCGUCCUCGACAGCAUGCUGCAGCAGAUCAAAGACAAAAGCACAGUCAACGUCUGGGGCUUUCUCAAACACAUCCGCACACAACGCAACUACCUGGUCCAGACAGAGGAGCAGUAUGUGUUCAUCCAUGAUGCCCUGAUGGAGGCCAUCCUGGGCAGUGAGACAGAGGUACCCGCCUGGCAGCUCCAUGGUUACGUCAACAGCAUCCUCACCCCCGGCCUGGGGGGCCGCACCCGCCUCGACAAGCAGUUCAGGCUGCUGACCCAGAGUAACGGCAGCUUCGUGGAGUGUUUCAGCGCCCAGAAAGACUGCAACAAGGAGAAGAACCGCAACUCCUCAGUAGUUCCAUCGGAACGAGCUCGCGUAGGACUGGCCCCUCUCCCUGGAAUGAAAGGCACAGACUAUAUCAAUGCCUCCUACAUAAUGGGUUACUACAGGAGUAAUGAGUUUAUCAUUACCCAGCAUCCUUUACCCCACACCACCACAGACUUCUGGAGAAUGAUCUGGGACCACAAUGCCCAAAUCAUCGUCAUGCUUGCAGACAACCAUGGUUUGGCUGAGGAUGAGUUUGUGUACUGGCCGAGCAGAGAGGAGGCAAUGAACUGCCUAGCUUUCACCGUCACCCUGAUCAGCAAGGACAGACUGUGUCUCUCCAACGAAGAACAGAUCAUCAUCCACGACUUCAUCUUGGAGGCCACGCAGGAUGACUAUGUCCUGGAGGUGAGACAUUUCCAGUGCCCUAAAUGGCCCAACCCCGAUGCCCCUCUCAGCGGUACCUUUGAGCUCAUCAACGUCAUCAAAGAGGAGGCUAUGACCCGAGACGGACCCACCAUUAUACACGAUGAAUUUGGGGCAGUGUCUGCAGGGACUCUGUGUGCCCUCACCACCUUGUCUCAGCAGUUGGAGAGUGAAGGGGCUGUGGAUGUCUAUCAGGUGGCUAAGAUGAUCAACCUCAUGAGGCCGGGAGUCUUCACAGACAUAGAGCAGUACCAGUACCUGUACAAGGCCAUGCUGAGCCUGGUGAGCAGCAGAGACAGUGGGAUCAGCCCCAUCUACAUGGACACUAAUGGAGUGGUGGUCAUCAUUGACCAAUCAGAUCCUGCUGAGAGCAUGGAGUCGCUGGUCUGACUGGUCUCUGAUAUGACUGGUCUGACUGGUUACGGGUCUGACUGACCACACCAUCAUCCGAAGGCACUUAAUUUGUACAACUCUGAGGAACAAAGAGAACUUUGGCGGACUUUCCUUGAGGCCUUUUUAGCCAGAAAUAUUGGUUAAAUGAAUAACCUGAUUACCUUUUUUACACUGAUAUAAACUUUUUUGAUAUUUAUUUUUUUCUUCAUAAUUGUUUGUCUUAAUUGUUAUCCUGCUGAGAGUUGUUAACUGUUACAUUGUUUCACGUGAGGAAAAAGAAAGCGUCUCUGUCCAGUUUACACUACACUGUCGGUGUUACUGCCUAAAACCCCAUUAGAUAAUACAGUACCAUUAACGAGACCCUGGCUCCACUGUACUCUACACUCAUUGGAUCUCUUUGGAUUGUGGCAAAGAUCAGACUUUAGCUUCAAUGAAUGAAGAAUGAGGACCAAGGACAACCCUGAAGGUCAACAUGAUCCAGUCCAAUAGAUUUCUCAAUACAGAUUGUCAGAGUUCAGUGUAUGACAGUACAGCUCACUUAACAAGCAUUGCAACACUAUCACCGGGUCAACUCUUCGGUAAGACUUUAUUGUCGUAUUCCGUCUGUAGAUGCUGUACAGAUUUAUCAGUAAGAUUUCAACUCUACUAGCCAUAACCCUUAUCCUAAUCCUAAAUUGAACCCUUACCCUAAACCUUAUUCUAUACCUGACUCUGACCGUAACCUUAGCAAGCAGUUGCUUAUCAACAGAUCGUUUGUUGAUGGUAUGUCCAUCUGUAGAUGCUCUAUCAGGACUAUCCAAAUAAAGUAUACCCAACGCUUCUUAUUCAGUAAAACCCACCUUAUCCCAGGAGCAUUUAUAAUCUGUAGAUUAUACAUACUAUACUUUAUUACCCAAAUAUCUCCAUUCUAUUUGUAAAUUGUACCCAUUACUUUGAUUUUUUUAAAGUGGUAUUACAACAACUACUGUGAACAUUCAUUGCUUUAUAUUAGGAUUUCUAUUGUUUUGUAAUCCAUAUGACUAUAUACUUGAUCAUAUUAAGCAGCUGGUUUUGUAUACUCUGUCAUUCCUCCUCUCGCCUUGUGUGGAUUGGUGCUUGGACACACUGAGACCCAUAUUGUCAAUUUUGUUUUAAUAAAUGAUACUAGUUAGUUUCUAAACCCAGGUCUACAUGUGACUCGUCUGGCAUCAAUUGUUCCAUUACAACGGAGUUUACGUCAUAUUAAACAUGGCUUUCAUUUUACCAUAUGAAUGGAGUUCUUGGUCUAAACAUAAUCUGGAGGGUGAAGUGUUUUACUGUCAUUAUAACCAAAGACAUGGUUGAAAAUUGCAACAAAGUUGUUUGCCCAAAAUGUAAACAAGUGUCACAUGAAGCUUUUAUCCUAAAAACCAGUCCAAUGUGUCAGUCCAUACUGCUCCAUGUGGUUUUAACUGGGCUAAAAUAGGUUGUUUUUAUCUAACGCUUACACCAAACCACAAUAUCUACUUUACCCAUCUAUACUGUAUCCUGUAGCUGUACCCUGUACUGAUACAUACAUCUACUUUACCCAUCUAUACUGUAUCCUGUACUGAUACAUACAUCUACUUUACCCAUCUAUACUGUAUCCUGUAGCUGUAUCCUGUACUGAUACAUACAUCUACUUUACCCAUCUAUACUGUAUCCUGUAGCUGUACCCUGUACUGAUACAUACAUGCUGUAUUUUCCUAUUUGUUCCUAUUUUUUGCACUUCUCUCUCAACGAGUAUCUUGUUAAAUGAAGUCACAACUCUCCAACAUUUGAAGAAAAGUCCUGAGUUACUAUGGCUGCAUUUACACAGGCCGCCUAACUCUUUUGACCAAUCCUAGAUUUUUUUUACAUCAGAUCUUUUUCAGAUCUGAUUGGUCGAAAGACCAAUUAGUGAAAAAAAUAUCAGAAUAGCACUGCCUGUGUAAACACAGCCUACAUGCUCAUUUGUCACGAAAUGGUUAUUGGCAGCAAAAAAAUGUUUUGCCUGUAACUAUUAUUGUUAUUAUUAUUAACUUUAUGCUUUAUACAUAUUUCAUUUAUAACAUUAGUGUAAUUUGCUAUUUCAAGGUCAUGUACAUAUUUACUUCAAGGACCAAUCUUCUUGGAAGUUAUAAUCUAUGCUGUGUGAUCAUCAUAGACCUUUAUAUUUUCAUAUUAAGCUUUUUUCUUUAACAUUAUCCUACUCUCACUCAUUGCAUUUGUGGAGAGUAUGUAGGAAUUAAGGGCUCUGUUCAAUCUGUGUCGCAGAAGCUCAGCGUUACAACUUGAUAGAAAUGUAAAGGCAAUGUCCCUGCGUUAGCGGAGACUGCAUUCACGUAAACGCUGCAUUUCGGAAAUGACCUUUACAUUUCUAUAACGCUUUAGCGAAUAGAGCCCCGAGGCUCCAAAAAAAGUAGACCGACAUCACAUUCCAGAACAAGUCCAUUACUGCAUCUAAAAUAGCACACUAUUCUCUAUAUAGCGCCAUACUUUUGGGCUCCUGAGUGGCGCAGCAUUCUAAGGCACUGCAUCUCAGUGCUAGAGGCGUCACUAGAGACCCUGGUUCGAUUCCAGGCUGUAUCACAACCGGCCGUGAUUGGAAGUCCCAUAGGGGUUUUGUUCUUAGCUGACUUGCCUAGUUCAAUAGAGGUUAAAUAAAAUAAAAAACUUUUGGUGAAAAAGAGUGCACUAUAUAGGGAAUAAGGUAUCAUGAUUCUUUUUUUGUUCUGUCUGGGUAAAGAAUGUUAUUACUCCCCUUUUGAAUAUCAGACCAAUUUGUGCUAUGGAUGGAAAACAUCCAGGGAGUCACUGAGUAAAGUUUGCUGCCUCAAUCCAUCUAAGCAAGUUCAGCAUUCAUUCUAUUUUGUAAACUUGAAGAUAAAGAACUGUUUUUUCCAUUUAUUAUAUUCUGUCAUUGUAUGAUUGUACCAUGGUGUUGCAUUACUAUGGUACUGUUAUAUGAUAUCAUGUUAUUGAAGUUUAAUAGUGCUAUUUAAUACGUAAAUUGUAUUGCUAUACAUUAAAUAAAGUAUUGGUUUUGAUGUACUUCAA